UUAGAAUUCUAUGGUUGAAGGUUGAAAAAUAAAUAAAAUAAUGGAGGUUAAAUCGAAAUUGACCGACAACCCGGAAAAGCCUACCACAUCUACUUCUAGUGGAACAUCUUCCAAUAGAGUUUCUAACAGGAGCUUAUUGGUGAAUUUCACACAAAGAGGAAACCCUUCCUUGAAAGCAGUCACAAAUGUACCUUGGGAAUAUGGGGAAAUUGAUGCUGAUUAUGAAAUGGGCACGAAUAUGUGUGCAUUAUUUUUAUCAUUGCGAUACCAUAGUUUGAAUCAGGAUUAUAUUCACAGUCGAUUGAAAAAGUUAGGAAAUAAAUAUGAGCUGCGGGUACUGCUUGUACUGGUAGAUGUGAAAGAUCCACACCAUCAUAUAAAGAAUCUUACUAGGAUAUGCAUUUUAGCGGAUAUGACGCUGGUUUUAGCAUGGAGCCCAGAAGAAGCUGGCAAAAUUCUAGAAACUUAUAAGAUAUAUGAAAAUAAACCAGCAGAUAAUUUGAUGGAAAAGAGUGAAUCUUCUCCCUACUUAGUUUUAAUCCAAGCUCUCUCCUCCAUCAAACCAGUUAAUAAAACUGAUGCAAUGACACUUAUUGCUAAAUUCAAAACAUUAGAAGGUAUUCUCAAUGCUAAUGAAUACCAAUUAUCAGAAUGCCCAGGUUUUGGACCAAGGAAAGCUAAAAAAUUGUAUGUUACAUUACAUGAAAAAUUCUGUAGGUGAUAUUGAAUUGAAUAUGAUCAAUGUCAUAAAUUUUAUUGUACCUCUGCAGGAUAUCCCUAUUGAACUGUAAAGUUUAGUUUUGGUAUUUUUUAUAUUAAAUGUAUUGUUGUCAA